CAAUUUUAUCAAUGUGUCAAUUUUGUUUGCGAGCGAAGACUAGAAUAAAAUUUGAUAAAAUUAAUAUAAUAACUUGUUUAUUUAACGUACACCUUACUUAAGCUUAUUUUCAGUUAUCGUUAAUACUCCUGCAAUUUGUGUAAUACAAAGAUAAAUAUGCAAGAUACUAGACCAGAACUUUACGAAGAGGUUAAACUCUACAGAAAUGCUAGAGAACGUGAAAAGCAUGACAACAUGGCAGAGUUAUACGCAGUAGUGAGCACAUUACAGCAUUUAGAGAAGGCAUACAUGAGGGACUGUGUGCGUGCACAGGAGUACAUGGCGGCCUGCAGUAGACUGCUGGUACAAUACAGAGUGGCCUUUAAACAGGUGCAGGGAGAUGAGUUUCCCACUAUAGAAGCUUUUGUUACCAAGUUCAGGCUGGAUUGUCCAGCCGCGUUAGAGAGGAUACGUGAGAACCGACCAAAUCUGAUCAAAGACGAUAAAGGCAAUACUAAUAAAUACAUUGCUGAGAUUGUCUCCUUGUUCAUAACUUUAAUGGACAAGCUGCGCCUGGAACUGCGCGCUAUGGACAUGAUCCAGCCGGAGCUGCGGGACCUGAAGGACACCAUGGAUCAUCUCAGCAUGCUGCCCGAGGACUUUGAAGGGAAAGUUAAGGUACAAGAAUGGCUGGACAAGCUGUCAGAGAUGUCUGCAGCGGACGAGCUGUCGGAGAGCCAGGUCCGGCAGCUGGUGUUCGACUUGGAGACUUCCUACGGAGCCUUCAAUAAGUUCCUCCACAAGGACUGAAUGCUGAUCAAAUAAAAGCUCAACAAUGCUUCUUAUAAUAAAUAUUAAGUCAUUUUUGAUAUCUCAAAUGAAAUUAAGAUAAUUAUAAGCGUAUUAAAUGUUACUCAAUUUUUACACAAUUUAAUAGAUACAUAAAUAGUGUUUGAAGCAUGUAUAAGAGAAUUUAAAAAGAUGGGCCUGACCCACCAAAUUGUAAAUUGUCUGAUAACAAUCCAACAAGUAAAAUAUGGAAA